UAACGCAGCAUCAGGAGCAGCUCAGAUCUCGCGCUUCCACCUCCCAGUUUCCGGUAAACACUACCAGCUGCAACUUUUGUCCCCACACAGCUGCUGGUGGUUCCUCCUUACUCUCUCUCACCCACACAACAAGCUGGAUUUAUUAAAAGUGGAGUGGACAGCUGGGUGAUGUCAUAUCCGUGAAGAAGGGUCCCUCGCGUAACGUAGACGCAGCACGGAAUUUCGUUGCAUGUAUCCCCACAAACUUUUUUCCUCCUUGCAGUGACGAGGUUUCUCCCCGCUGCCUGCCCCACAUGGCGUGCGUAACGGCGGGGGCGAGUGGAUGGACGUGCCCUCUUCCUCCCCAGGAAAAUACGGAUUCCACCUUCGCGUGGUGAACGAGGUGGCUCGAGCCCACGGGAAGAAACUUGCGUGAUUUUUCAGUAUUUUUUGUUUCCCCCGGUCGAGGAGGAGGAGGUGGUGGUGGAGUAGUAGUAGUAGGGAAACACCGAAGCAGCGAGCAGAAUGUGGUCGCUGUCCGUGGUCCUGAAUCCGCUGCUGUUUCUGCUGCUGUUCGGAUACUGCCCUUCGGUGACCAUCCGGCCAAAGGAGGGGUGGCAGGUGUACAGCUCGGCGCAGGAUGCAGAUGGGCGUUGUAUCUGCACAGUGGUGGCACCCGAACAGAAUCUGUGCUCCAGAGAUGCCAAAGGCAGACAGCUCCGCCAGCUUCUGGAGAAGGUGCAGAACAUGUCACAGUCAAUCGAGGUGCUGAACCUUCGGACGCAGAGGGACUUUCAGUACAUCAUGAGGAUGGAGAGCCAGAUCAAAGGGCUGCGCUCCAAGUUCCGUCAGAUCGAAUCGGACAGGAAGACGCUCGUCAACAAAAACUUUCAGGAGCUAAAGGGCAAAAUGGAGUCCCUGCAGCCGCUGAUCCCCGUCCUGGAGCAAUACAAGACAGACGCUAAGCUCAUCUCCCAGUUCAAAGAGGAGAUCAGGAACCUGUCUGCCGUGUUGAUGGGUAUCCAGGAAGAGAUGGGCGCCUACGACUACGAGGAGCUGCAGCAGAGGGUUCUAAACCUGGAAAAUCGGCUCCGCAACUGUAUGAAUAAACUCACAUGUGGGAAGCUAAUGAAGAUCACUGGCCCGCUGACAGUCAAAACUUCAGGGACCAGAUUUGGAGCGUGGAUGACCGACCCACAGGCAUCUCCGAAAAACAACAGGGUCUGGUACAUGGACAGCUACACCAACAACAAGAUUGUAAAAGAGUUUAAAUCCAUUGCUGAUUUUGUGGCGGGAGUCGAGUCAAGAACCUACAACCUGCCAUUCAAAUGGGCAGGAACCAACCACAUGGUGUACAACGGCUCCCUGUACUACAACAAGAUGCAGAGCAACAUCAUCGUGAGGUACAGCUUUGAGACGGGCCGCGUGGUCACACAGAGGGCUCUGGAGUCGGCGGGUUUCCACAACGUGUACCCGUACACCUGGGGGGGCUUCUCCGACAUCGACCUGAUGGCGGACGAGCUGGGCCUGUGGGCGGUAUACGCCACCAACCAGAACGCCGGGAACAUCGUCAUCAGUCAGCUGAACCCGGACACGCUGCAGAUCCUCAGCACGUGGAACACAGAGUACUCGAAGAGGAACGCCGGAGAGUCUUUUAUGAUCUGCGGGACGCUCUACAUCACCAACUCCCACCUGACCGGAGCCAAGGUAUACUACGCCUACUCCACUAAAACCUCCUCGUACGAGUACACAGACAUUCCCUUUCACAACCAGUACUUCCACAUGUCUAUGUUGGACUACAACGCCAGGGACCGCGCUCUCUACGGCUGGAACAACGGCCACCAGGUCCUGUUUAACGUCACGCUUUUCCACAUCAUUAAAACUGAGGACGACUCUUAAGUAAAGUGAUAAACUGUAAAUGUGAAAGAAAAGAUAAAAACCUGAGGAAUUUGAUGGUUACGCUUGAAUGUUCUUAGAUAUUUCUUAUUUAUUUAUUUAUGUCAGUUUCUAAAUUCAUUUGGGGAAUUUAACAAAUGUAAUCAUCAGCAAUGCACUUUCUCUUUUGAGUGUUUCCAGAUGUAAAGAUAAUCAAUCUCAGCAUUCUCCACAUGUGAACAUGACACGUUGAAAACAAAUUGGGUCCAUUAUUAAACAGACAGCAGGCAACACAUUUCCAACUAAACUACAGCACUUUUACCCCAAAACUUUCAUAAAAAAAGAACAAUGAACUUCCAGUUAUUUCUGCAGCUCAUUUGUCUCUUUAAAAUGAAAGCUUUUCCAAAAUUAAGUCUUCUUAUUUAUAAUGGUUCCCUCAUCCAGAAUUGCAUUUAUUCAUGCCUUCCCUAAUUUAUUCAUAUUUUGAGCGUGUUCGCUAAUUGUUCGUUUUGUUUCCAUUCUUUCCCCUCCAUUUAUUCAUCAUGGUCUGCUAAUUUAUUCCUGCUUUUCACAGCCCCCCAUUUAGCUUUCAAUUUCUUUGUACUUUCCCUUUUAAAAGUUUGCUUUGCACUUGACCUUGAACAAGACAAUGAGAAAUGUGGUGAACCAUAAUGCACCUGUAAAAUUGCUGUACUUGGCUUUUUUUUGUGUCCAUAAAUCUUCUCAGUCAUGCAGGUCAUGUUGUGUCUUGUAUUUUGAACUAUUGAGUUAAAAUUGACAGAAAAUCUAAUCAUGUUUAACUUAGUACUUUGAGAUAUUCGAUAUUUUUUUGUAUCUUCAGCGACAGUUCGUAUGCCUUAUUCAGUGCAGUAAGUUCUGUAAGCCCAGGAUAACCGUUCUCGUGCAUGAAUGUUGGCUAUCCUAAUAGCAUUUCUACUGUAACUGUAUAUCUGUGUAUUUUGUAUCUGCACAACAUCCCAUUCUUCUCCACUCUACAGUAGCUAUUAAUGGUAUAAAGAUUUAUACAGACAGCAGUAGAUAACUUUAAUAAGCAUUCAUUUCUGUAAAUAAGAUGUUCACCUAAAUAAAGUAUCGUUUUCAUUAA